CGCGCACUUUCUCCUCUCACUACGGUGAAGGCCCUGCGCCGAGGUUCGAAAUUCUUUCUUGUUUUUGCAUUGAAGUGCAACAACACGUCGCUGCUGCCGCCUUCAGCUUUGCUCACUAUGGUUCUCGCGUUUGCUGUGUCUACCAUAGCUUCCUGCAACGAGGUGGGAAAGUAGUAAGAGAACAGGGGCAGUAGUAGAAGCACGAGGAGGAGGGAGUGGAGACAGAGAGGGAGGACUCCACCUUGUUCAUGGUGGAAAGCUUCUUCCUACAACGACGACGACGAUAAGUAGUAGUAGGACGACUCGGAGGAGCAGGGGGAAGUGGAGACAGAGAGGGAGGACUGCGCCCUCUUUAUGGUGGAGAACUUUUUGACCAUGCACUGUGUUGCAGGGCGCUGCAGAGGGUGAGGAGUACGCUGUGUGUGGAGAGCCUUUUGGAUUCAUAUGCGAACCGAGACUUGCAACGAGGAGGACAAGCAAGAGUAAGACGAGGAUGACGAAGAACAGCACGAGGCUUGUAUCCCGUCAAGCACGCGUCCCUUGUUCGUUAUCACCAGCGACUUGUGUCGGACUCACUCCAUCAGAGAGUUGCUUGAGGGUGUUGCAAGUUCUGGCCUCGCCAACAACAUCAAUCCUCUCCAUCAUCGUUCGACAGAGAAAAAAAUGUCACAACUUGCAUGGAGCAGAAAGAAGACUCAGAGUACACCACGCAAGGCUUCUGCACCACUUAUUGUCCCGCGUCGAAUUACGAGAAGGGGUAUGCAAGAUGAAAAUGAUGGUCAAAGUGAGUCAAACACGACGAAUAGAGUGGAAGAGGUGAUCCAGACACGAGCAGCAGUUGCAGAGGCUUCAAAAAGGAAUCGCAGUGCGGAUGUCGAUCUGACAAAACAGAGCGAAGACUAUGAUGAAGAUCCGUUGGACAGUUUCCAGUUUGCCGCCUCCAGCAAAAUGAAACAUGACACUGUGACAGUAGAGACGUUGGAGCAACAACAGAAAAAUUGAGGAGGAGGAGGAGGAUGUCGGGGACGAGGGGGAGGAUGUCGAGGACAGGAGGAGGAGUAUAAUGUUGAUGAUGAUGAUGAUGAGGAGGAGGAGGAGGAGAAGGAGGAGAAGGAGGAGGAGGAGGAGGAGGAGGAGGAGGAUAUCGAGGAGGAGGACUAGGAGGAGGAGAAAAAAAAAAAAUCCAAUCGAAGAAAUCGAUUGGAUCGGAUCUUGAUUUUGAAAUCAAGAUCCAAUGGAUUC